ACAGCUUCAUUACAAAUAAUGGUCCUUAACUUCGCCAGCCUUAGUUUAUUACCCCUUAACUUCUUUUUUAAUUAUGUGUCUUAUUUCUCUCAUCUGAAUCCACUAUCAGCCCCAAAUAUGGGAAUUGAAACCUUGAAUGGUGCGAAUUUUUCUUCAUGGAAAGAUUCACUGAUGCUAACUCUUGGCAUGUUGGAUUUUGAUUAUGCACUGAGAGAGCUUGCCCCUCCUGCCCUCACAGAUAAAAGUACUGCUGAAGAUAAAAUAGUACAUGAGAGAUGGGAGAGGUGCAACAGAAUGGCUCUUAUGCUCAUUAAAAAUUCCAUCAGCAUAAUCAUCAGGGGAGCUAUUCCAGAUUCAUCUAAUGCUAAAACAUAUCUGGCUUCUGUGGAGGAACAAUUCAAAGCAACUUCUAAGGCACAUGCUAGUACCCUUAUUUUGAAGAUGGUGACUACAAAAUAUGACGGGAAUAACGGUAUUCGUGAGCACAUCAUGAUGAUGAACGACAUGGCCCGUAAGCUCAAGGGAUUAGACAUGGAGAUCAGUGAAGGUUUUCUAGUGCACUUCAUAAUGACUUCUCUUCCUGCAUCUUUUGAAGCUUUCAAGGUCAACUACAACACCCAGAAGGUCAAGUGGUUGAUGAAUGAGUUGAUUGCUAUGUGUGUACAAGAAGAAGAGCGUCUGAAGUUGGACAAACCGGAUGUGGCUUACCUCAUGACCGCUAACCCAAAGAAGAGGAAGGGCAAUGUCGAUAAGAAGGAUGUUUCUAAAGUCCAAAAACGUGAUGCAAGUGUUUCUUCCGGCUGUAAGAACUCCAAAGCGAAGUCUUACUGCAAGUUCUGCCGCAAGGAAGGACAUAGACAGAAAGACUGCCAAGACUUUAAGGAGUGGCUGACGAAGAAAGAAUACAUUGCGGUGUACAACGCAACCUGUCAUGGGAUGUUGCUCAGAAACCUCAUCACUGGACUCAAAGUAGUUAAUUCUAUCUCUCGACCAUUGAAGCUUUAUUGUGAUAACUCAGCCGCCGUUAGUUUCUCGAACAGUAACAGUUCGACUAGCGCUGCUUUAUAUCUUGAUACAAAGUACUUGUUCGUACGUGAGGAAGUUGAGGAAAAUAAACUUUGUAUUGAGCAUAUAAGUACUAAGAAUAUGCUUGCGGAUCCGAUGACUAAAGGUCUCCCUCCUAAGAUUUUCGAAGAACAUGUUUCGAAGAUGGGGUUUUCUAAAGACCUUAUUUAGUUGCAUAUUGUACUUGCUUACAUUUAAUAAUAAAAUUUCCUCAUUGUUUUGUUUGUUUUGUCUCUGAAUGUGUCUAUGCAUGCCUAAAGACAUAUAGACAACAUUUAUAUACAAAAUAAUGUUAUGGGCUUAAU